AUGAAGCCAAGACAGGCGAUGGAUUCGUGCACAUAUCUUUCCGGACUCUACGGACAUACUUUAGAAAAGCCAACACAUGAAGGAAGCCAUCGUGGGUACUGUAGUGUUUUCUUUUUCGCAUCUACCUUAGUGAGAUGGAGAUAG